AUGGGAGCAAAAAUUAGUAGUGAAACAUUGAUCGAAGAAAAUGCAUAUCUACGACGUUUUGUUGGCUUGCAACCGAUCAGUGAUAAUGAUCCAUUCUGGAAUCACUUCCUUUCAUUCAAUUUCCUCAUCGAUUCCAAUGACAGAAAGGAAGUCGAGCAAUUUGAUGUUUCUUUAUCGGAUAGUCUCCAGUCGCUGAUGUAUAAUACACCAACAACCUGCAAUUUCGCAUCUUUUGUUCAUGUCUUCCUCAGACGGACAGCAGAAUUAAAGGCUUCAGAAAUUUGCAACAACACAAUUUUUCUUUGGCAAACAGGAAAUGCGUUAAUCAUUCUUCGGUAUAUUUGCAAGUUUUUGGUUCAAAGACUUAGUGAGGCUGAAUUCAUCAAGGUUUUCCACAUGAAUAAAAUCUCUUUGGAAAAGAAGGAAGCCAGUGAUUCUGAUUUUGAAGAAGAAUUUGAUGGUCUUGGUGAGAACAGGGCGGAAGAAUUUUUGGACACUCUGGUGGAUAUUUUGGUUGAUUUGCCUUCCAAUGAUUCCACGGAAACAAUUCACAUCGAAACUGUAAAAUGCUUAAUGGCUCUGCUUAGUUCUCAGCUUUAUGACGACGACGUUAUGAAGUCGAAUAUUUUCUACGGAUAUCUAACACAAGGCAAAUGCUCAAAAAGGUCUUUGGAACUCACUCAAGCCUUAAUAUUAAAUUAUCUGCAGCGAAACACUCCAUGUGUCAUUGAACAUGAGAAAGAGCCUGAAAGUAUUGUUCUGGGCCUUGUAGCAUCCGUUUGGUCAGCAGUACAAAUUGUCACGGGAAUAGAUGAUUCGAAUUCAGUUAAUGGUGGCGAAACUACACCGCCAAUCUCUCUUGGAUCACUGUCUAUACUUCUCUUACUUAAUCUAGCAUGCCACCAAGAUUCAGGACCAAGUCUAAAUCCUUAUAAGGAGUCGCUUUCAAAAUUUCAGAAUUCUCAAGAAAUUUCAUCCCUGAACAAUAGUGAAAGUAGCAUGUUCAAGCUAGAUUAUAGUAAUUUAUACGAACGCUUAUGUGCUACAGUAAAUCAACAAUCGCCUAUGUUAUUUCUGUAUAUAUUGUUGCAUAGGAACGUUGGUUUUCGAAAUUAUGUUCUUUCAAGAAUCAAUUUAGAAAAACUAGUACUUCCAGUAUUGAUUGUUCUUAAUAAUGGAGCCCAGAGAAGUGGUGCGACUAAUUCAUAUGAUGCACAUCAUGUAUAUUUGGCACUUAUUGUUAUCCUGAUUCUUAGCGAAGACGAUUUUUUCUGUAAAGUUGCCCAUGAAAUGAUGAUAAAGGAUACAACAUGGUUCAACAGUGAACGUCCAUUAGGAGAGAUUUCAUUGGGUGGUUUAAUUAUCUUGGUUUUUGUCCGUAUUAUACAGUUUAACACUCUGAAAACAAAGGAUCGUUAUCUUCAUACAAACUGUCUUGCAGCUUUAGCGAAUAUGUCAUCCUAUUUCAAAAAUCUCACAUCUAUUGUUUGUCAAAAAUUGAUUGGAUUACUUGAGGUUUUUACUCGACGGCAUGCAAAAUUAAUUGAAAAUAUGCGCGUCAGAGCUGAAUAUGAUAUUAUGCAAGAAAAAGAGUCGCAUAAUUAUCAUAAGGAUAUAACGGCUCUGGAAGAAGGUAUACGCAGUUUACUCGAAAUUUGCAACAGUUGUCUUACAUCAAAUCUUCGCGCAAACCCACACUUCAUUUAUACCAUACUUUACAAACGUGAUCUGUUUGAUGCUUUCCAAAAUCAUCCGAUGUUCCAGGAUCUGAUUUGGAAUAUUUGCGCCGUUAUUAAUCAUUUUGCAUCACGAGUACAACUUCUGGAAAGGGGAUCGUCUGUGAGCGAUGUUCUUGCUACAAUCGAGAAAGGAGCACUUCACUGGCCUACUGAUAGGCUGAAGAAAUUUCCAGAAUUGAAAUUUAAAUAUGUGGAAGAUGAUAAUACGGUGGAAUUUUUUGUUCCAUACGUUUGGCGAUUGACAUUUCAAUUUUCAACGUUAUAUUGGGAUGCAACACGUAUACGCCUCUUUAAUACUUUCCUUGCCUAA